AUGCUGGUGUCAAAGCUUGUGGCGGUGCUCCCAUCCGAAGGCUUGGGUAGAGGGCAAAGGGAACUACCUUCUCCAGUCUUCCUCUUUGUCCCUGUCCCCACCAUCUCCCAGUGGGCCACUAUACGGAUAGAAAAAGGUGUCAAAAAGCCACAGCCACAGAUGCUAAAGACUCCUACUGCUAAUGGUAUCAUUGAAAGAGAUGAAACGCCUAUGGAGAAAGAAAUUGCACGUCUGCAUCAAGUGGACUUCGAAUUCUCUGACAUAUUCUACUUCUGCAGAAAAGGGUUUGAGGCCAUUGUGGAAGAUGAAGUUACCCAAAGGUUUUCUUCCGAAGAGCUGGUCUCCUGGAAUCUCCUCACAAGGACUAAUGUCAACUUCCACUACAUCAGCCUGAGGCUGACUGUUGUGUGGGUCAUUGGGGUUAUAGUGCGAUACUGCUUCCUGCUGCCCCUACGCUUUACCCUUGCUGCCAUUGGGAUUACCUCAAUGAUUGUGGGGACAACCAUGGUAGGACAGCUGCCAAACAGCAGUGUGAAAAACUAUCUGAGUGAAGUGGUCCACCUCACGUGCUCCCGCAUCCUUGUCAGAGCUCUGUCUGGUACUAUCCAUUACCAUAACAAGGAAAACAAACCUCAGAAAGGAGGAAUUUGUGUUGCCAACCACACAUCACCGAUAGAUGCGAUCAUUUUGACAAAUGAUGGAUGCUAUGCAAUGGUUGGCCAGGUUCAUGGUGGACUGAUGGGAGUUAUUCAGAGAGCCACAGUCAAGGCCUGUCCUCACGUCUGGUUUGAACGCUCGGAAAUCAAAGACCGCCAUCUAGUGACAAAAAGACUCAGGGAACAUGUGGUGGAUAAGAGCAAGCUCCCGAUCUUAAUUUUUCCAGAAGGCACCUGCAUAAACAAUACAUCUGUGAUGAUGUUCAAGAAGGGGAGCUUUGAAAUAGGAGGGACAAUCUAUCCUGUUGCAAUCAAAUAUGAUCCUCAGUUUGGAGAUGCGUUCUGGAACAGCAGCAAAUACAACAUUGUGAGCUAUCUGCUGCGAAUAAUGACCAGCUGGGCCAUUGUUUGUGAUGUGUGGUACAUGCCACCAAUGGUUAGAAAGGAAGGCGAAGAUGCUGUUCAGUUUGCCAACAGAGUGAGGUCAGUCAUUGCUCUCCAAGGAGGACUGACUGAACUUCCCUGGGAUGGAGGUCUGAAAAGAGCGAAAGUCAAAGAUACUUUCAAAGAAGAACAGCAGAAAAACUACAGCAAGAUGCUAGUGAGAAAUGGAUCAAUAGGAAGUCUGUCUACAGGAACAGAGUCAGACUGAAUGGUUGUUCUUGAAAACUAAUUUUGCACAACCAGCCUUAGCAGGAAUGUUUUUAAUUUGUGGUGGUGUUUUUUUGGGUUUUUUUGGUUUGUUUUUUUUUUUUUAAAAACUGGAGCAACAAAAUCCCUCAUCACGUGUAUGCAUAUUCUCUGUAUGGCUGGUGCAGAGCCUGCCAAGGGCAGUGUCUCUAUCUCUCCCUUUUCACUCUUCCCACUCCCCUGCCCCUCCCAAUCUUCAUGUGAUGAUGCACUGCAGCUCCUGGUAUUCUUUAGCUGAAUGUGUGGAGAGUUAAGAGACAAAAGGAAAAAAGCACCACAUUUUUUCCUGAGUUUGUAAGGUUGAAGGGAAGUACACUGAACAGAUGUUGUCAGGACACUGGUGUGAAGAUACCUCUUGUUCGUGGUACUUUGAAGCUUUAAACAUAACAAAAUUUUGUCUUUUUUCCUGUUGCUCACAGACUUUUAGUUGUAGAUGACUUAAAUAACAUGUUUUAGGAUGUUGUCAGAACUGUAAGAUUGACUCUUUCGGUUAGCUUGCACCUGGAUGUGCAAGGGGGGAAGGGAAGCAAGAGCUGCAGACCCUAAAGAAUGGGAAAGGAGCUGCCCUGCCAAAGUCACAGUUCACGGACCACGAGGAAUUUGGUGGCCUUAUAACAUGGUAUUGCCUUUAUUGAGAACUGCUACCUGAGGGAAGAUAAGGGGCAAGUCCGCAAUCUCCCUGUCCACUGCUGCUGUCAAAAUUGCAUUUUUGAGAUCUGGAGCUAUAAAGGUAAGAUACAGUAAGCAGCUGGAUAACAUAGGCUAUGACAGAUGAAUUUUUAUGAAGUGGGUUUUAAAGACUACCCUUUUGCAAAAAUUGCUGCUAAUGGCUUAAAGAUCUCAAGAGAGCCACUCCAGAAACACAUUUUGUGUUGAACUGGGCUAGCAAUAGCUAUCACAACUAUAAACAUAGGAUCCAUAAGUCACCUAUGAUACAAUAUGUGUCGUGUUCAAAUCUGCAAUAUACUGCUGUCUGAAUGUAAAGAGAAAUAAAUUCUAUAUUUCUAAUGG